GGAGGAGGAAGGCAACACCGUCGACGAUGAGUGAAUGAAGCUGUCCAAGGAGCGUAAGCGCUGGCCCAGCAGCCGUGUCAACAUGAAGGGCGAGAACGAGCUGUGGCGCGAUGAGGACAGUUGUUACGAGCAGGAGGAUGCGUACGUGUGCCUGGAGGCCGAGGCUCGCCAGACGAAGGUCAAGAUCAUCGCGGCCGACCUGCUCGCGCUCAAGACGGAGAUGAACGCCCGUACGCGCUCGCUCGUCCAGCGCUGCACGCGUCACCAGGCCCUCCGUGCUGCAGAAGCUGCUCGCGGCGGUUAACGAGUACAACGAGUGGGGACAGGUUUUCGAGCUGGACGCGCUGGUUGGGUAUAUGCCAAAGAAGCCGAGGACAUGAUUGAAUGCGUCACGUCCAGACUGCAGCACGCCAACUCGGCUGUGGUGUUGUCCGCUGUGAAGGUUAUUAUGAAGUUCCUGGAGAACGUCUCGGACGCGGACAUCGAGAGGAGCUUGUCCGAGAUGGCCCCGCCCCUCAUCACGCUGCUGUCCGCGGAGCCUGAGAUCCAGUACGUGGCGCUGCGCAACAUAACCUGAUCAUGCAGAAGCGCCCCGCCAUCCUGGCUAACGAGAUCAAGGUCUUAUUCUGCAAGUGCAACGAGCCGAUCUACCUCAAGAUGGAACCAUGCCUCCUCUGUCCGAAGCGUUGGAACGUACCCAAGAAACUCCAUACUUAUAUAUAUAAAGUACUUCAAGUAAUAAUAAAGUAUAUGUUAGCCGAGAUUGAAAACUUCCCAUAAUUUCAUUAUAUCAGAUUUCAUCCGUUACCAUGGCUGUUUUCCUCGUCUUUCUCCUGCGGCUUCUACACGUACUCGACCUGUCUCCUU